ACAUCAAUGUCACAUUUCAAAGAAAAGUUAGAUGUGUCUUUGAAAGCAAUCAAAUCAACAACUAAUACAAUGAAUUAUAUCGUUCUUUUUACACUGAUUGGUGUUUUACUAUUUGUUCACACUUUCACAUCAGGCAUGGAAAAAUUAAAAAAAUGGGAUAGCGAAGAGUUUAAAGACAGUUGCAUUGCUUUUCAUAAUUUUUUAAGAGUUGUUCAUAACUCACCACCAAUAAAAUGGGACCAUAAUCUGGAGGAGAAGAGUAAAGCCUGGGCUGGCCAACUAAUGAUCCUUCAAACGCUAGAGCAUCCACCAGCUGGCAAAUAUGGUUCGAAUAUAUAUCGUUCCUCAACGAUUAACGAUAUUGACUUGCUUUGCUUGAAGGCUGUCGCAUUAUGGUAUAAAGAAAUAAAUGAUUAUGAUUUUAGUAAUCCAACAUAUUCAAAAAAAACAGGUCACUUUACACAGAUGAUAUGGAGGGAUUCAGAAAAAUUUGGAGUGGGUGAAGAGGGCCAAACAGGUCAAAAUUUCUACGCUGUUGCAGAGUACGACCCACCUGGAAAUGUAGAUGGAGGGUACGAAGAUAAUGUGCAAAGACCACGCAAACAACCAACCUCGUGCAUAAGUAAAAUUGGAAAACAUCAUUAUUUUGAUAUGUUAAAGGAUGAGCUAAAGAAACACAAAAUAAAAAUCUUAUUUGAGGAGAGUGACAAACCUUGCGUUAUUCCCACAAAAAAUCAUACCAAAGUAUCCACCCAUACAAAUAAGGGUGAAACAGGAGUACCAGGGGGCUCUCUCGUCGGUUCUACGGGUACAAAAGAGAAAAAUCCAAAUCCAAACGGCAAAGAAAGCCAAACAACAAACCCAAACGACAAUCUUAUUCUGGUCAAUACAGUAAGUGAGCCUGGUGUGCCAACAAAUCAGAAUCCUGAAGUUGUACUUGGUCAACCAAACCAAUUCCCUCAGACAAACCCAAAUCUUGUGUUCCUACCACAUGGUCUUUCUUUCCCACAAACAGAAAAUAUACAACCUACUGAAGCCACUAAGCCUGCGUUGGAAGUCAACUCUCGCCCUCUGGCAUCCAUAAACAGUAGUUCUAUCAACUCAAUGACGUCUUUAAAUGGUACUUCCAUCAACUCAACAUCAUCACAUUUUUCAAAAAAGAAGCAAGUAUCUUCUUUUGUACUUCCUCGGCAUUAAAAGAUGGGAGGGCAACAGUAGACAAGCACUAGAUUAGCAUUUCUUAUCUAUAUAUCAUGAAGCAAAGUAACAGACAAUUGCUUCCAUUCUCAACAUCAUUAUGGAAAUCUAUUUUGACCGAAGAAUAAGAUACUUAUAGUUCUCAAAUUUUUCAUGUUAAUGGCGAUUGCAAUACCACAAUGAAGUUUGUUGCCAGCCUGUUCUUUUUCAGUUUUUUUUGAAAAACUUAGUUGUUUCUUUUUUACAGAGAAUAAAUUCAUUGAUUGUAUUUCAAGUCAUUGAACAUUUAAGCACAUGACGUAGUAUUUCAAAAAUGGCUGGCUUCGCUCUAACUUAAAUGCGUUGCUAAUCCUUCAUACAAUAAAAUAACGAUUUGGUAGCAAUUAAAUUUUGCUGCCAUUCAAUUGCAAAAGACACGAUUUCAAUGUUAAAAGCAAUAGCUACAAAUAUGUAGAAACUUUUACUAACUCUUUCUAAUAAAGAGAAAUAGUAGCGAUCUUCUAAUUGGUUAUUAGUUAAUUUUGAUUUAGCUAUAAAAAAGAAAUUAAAAGGGGAAACGCAAAAUAAACCUGCAAAUUGGAUGCCAAGCAUUCGUAUAAGGUUUGGCCAAGCUUCUUAAAGUUUUGUUAGCUUUAACAAACAUGAGCAAUAUUUUAACAAACAGGGUGUAUAAUACAUUGUGUAUAAAAAAACUGAACUGUCACAAAAAAGUUGCUAAAAUGAUCGGCACGUAAGAUUUACCAAAACGUUUGGAGGAAAUAGUUAGUUGGAAUUCCAAUGGUUCAUCUGACAGUAAAAUUGCCUCUGUAAAAUAAAUUUUAGGAUGAAAAUUGUGUUGUCAGGAAGAACUUUUACCCCAGCUUGCGCAUAAAAAUAACACUGCCAAGAAGAAAUUACAACCCAUAGAGUUAAAAUAUGGCAAAUGCUGUUGAAGGUAGCAAAGUUUUACGAAAUUUGGCUUAUAUAGCUACGUACGCGAACGCUAAUCUUUCAUAUUGCCGGUUAUUUUGUCUUCAAAUGCCAUUUUUCAUAAACUUACAUUAUUCAUAAAUCUGAGCGUAAAUUGAUGCAAACAUGAAUAAUUGAUAAAGGAUUUAAAAUAUUGGCAUUUAAGAAGGAAAAACUCAUUAUAUAUCAUCCGCGAUUUUUAUGAGUAGCAUUUCCAAACACAUUGGCCAAAUUUCCAGGAACUUUGUUAACUUGAACAAUAAUUGCAUAUUUUAACCCUAUGUGUUCCAAUUGCUUUUUAGCUUUCUCAUGUUUGGGAACUUGCUUUUUCAAAGGUCUUCUCGGUAAUUCAAUUCUCAUUAUAAAAUGGUUAUAGUUUGUGACAAUUUUUCUGUCAUAUGAGCCAAUGGACGUCCUACUCUCUAUUUUACAAAAGGUUUUUGCAGAUUUUGUUCGCUGAUGACUUACGCAAAAUUGACUUGUGAGAACUAAAAUAUAUAACUUAUAUGACUUUCACCAAUUUUAUUUUUGGGAUAUUCACAUCAAGAGCCUUGAAAAGCUAAAAUUAGAAAUUACUGAAUGAAUAUGUACAAACUUAUGAAUAAUAAGGAUUACCAAUAAAGCUACUUCGAAGCAAAUUAUAAAUAAUUAUUUAAUUGUCAAUAAAAAUGAAAAAUACACCAA